GCUCUGGGGCUCCCAGAUGUUCAUCUCAGAUAUUGUGGGUGGUCCCAGGGCUUGUGCGUGCCCCCAGCCAGCGAAACCCCUUGCUGCGGGACGUUGUGGACAUGGAACAGCUUGGAGGUGACCAGGUCGUGAAGGAAAAAGCAUUUGAAGGUUACGAAGUGCAAAGAUGCAUCCAGCUCAGGAGGUCCUGGAAGCUGGAGCCCAGAAAGGAUUUCGGGACUGUGUCCCUCCACCCUGGUCCUGCUCUUGUGACACUUCUUCAGGCAUCUGCUGUGGUUGAUGGCAGACGAGACCGUGGGGCAAUCGGACCUUCAUGCUUGUCCCUGAGACCUCUCAUUGGUAGCCUGGCUGUGUUUCGGCAGGAGUCCACGUGUCUGCAUGAUCGGCACGCAGCCGGCAGCUGGGAUUGUACGUCGGGAGAAUAUUUGGCCACAGAUGCGAAGUGAGUCGCAGGACUUUGUUCAGGGCGGUGAAUGCGAGGAGAGGAGAACAAAAAAAGGAGGAGAGACUGGAAUACAGAUGAUGACUGCCAGGAGCUUCUGCCACUGGAGUCCAUGGCGUACACCGUGACUCCCACACCGGCGGGGCCCGUCGGCUCCCAGUACUGUGUCUGCAAAGUCGAGUUGUCCGUCUGCGGCCAAAACCUUCUGGACAGGGAUGUCACUUCCAAAUCCGACCCGUUCUGCGUCCUCUUCAUGGAAGUCAAUGGGAAGUGGAUGGAGGCUGGUCCUCGUUUGUCCCCAAGCAGAGGUGGAAGCUCUUCUGGUCCUCCCGAGGCUGUGUGCGUGGUGCUGCUUGACAGGACAGAGACAGCUGUGAACAACCUCAACCCAGCUUUUGCCAAGAAGUUCAUCAUUGACUACCACUUUGAAGAAGUGCAGAAGCUCAAGUUUGCCCUGUUUGACCAGGACAAGUCAAGCAUGCAGCUGUAUGAGCAUGACUUCCUGGGUGAAUUCUCCUGCACGCUGGGCAUGAUCGUCUCCAGCAAGAAAAUAACAAGGACCCUCCUUCUGGGGAAUGGCAAGCCGGCUGGAAAAGGGAUGAUAACGAUAGCUGCCCAAGAGCUCUCGGAUAACAGGGUGAUUACUCUGAGCAUGGCUGGCAGAAAACUGGAUAAAAAGGACCUGUUUGGAAAGUCAGACCCCUUCUUGGAGUUUUAUAAACCAGGUGACGAUGGGAAAUGGAUGCUGGUCCACAGAACGGAGGUGAUCAAGUACACACUGGACCCCGUCUGGAAGCCAUUCACUGUGCCUUUGGUGUCACUGUGCGAUGGAGAUGUAGAGAAGCUGAUAAAGGUGAUGUGUUAUGACUAUGACAGUGAUGGGGGACACGACUUCAUUGGGGAGUUUCAGACCUCGGUGGCCAGGAUGUGCGAAGCCCAAGAUGCCUUUCCACUCGAGCUAGAGUGCAUUAACCCCAAAAAGCAGAAGAAGAAAAAGAAUUACAAGAACUCUGGGAUCAUCAUUGUCAAGUCCUGCAAAGUAACCAGAGAUUUCUCCUUCCUGGACUACAUCCUGGGAGGCUGCCAGCUGAUGUUUACUGUUGGGAUUGACUUCACAGCCUCCAAUGGGAACCCACGAGACCCCUCCUCUUUGCACUAUAUCAACCCCAUGGGGACAAACGAGUACUUGUCGGCUAUCUGGGCUGUCGGCCAGAUCAUCCAGGACUAUGACUCAGACAAGAUGUUUCCUGCUCUGGGAUUUGGUGCUCAGCUCCCGCCGGACUGGAAGGUAUCCCAUGAGUUUGCCAUUAACUUCAAUCCCACAAACCCGUUCUGUUCAGGUGUGGAGGGCAUCGUCCAAGCGUACUCAGCCUGCCUGCCCCACAUCCGCUUCUAUGGACCCACCAACUUCUCCCCCAUUGUCAACCAUGUGGCCCGCUUCGCGGCUCAGGCCACCCAACAGGAGGCUGCAUCCCAGUACUUCAUCCUCCUCAUCAUCACGGACGGGGUGAUCAGCGACAUGGACGAGACAAGACACGCUGUGGUGCAGGCUUCCAAGCUGCCCAUGUCCAUCAUCAUCGUGGGGGUGGGGAACGCCGACUUUGCCGCCAUGGAGUUCCUGGAUGGGGACAGCCGGGUGCUGCGCUCCUACACCGGCGAGGAGGCCGUGCGCGACAUCGUCCAGUUCGUGCCCUUCCGGGAUUUCCGCAACGCCCCCAAGGAGACCCUGGCCAAAGCUGUGUUGGCAGAGCUGCCCCAGCAAGUCGUGCAGUACUUCAAGCACCAAAACCUGCCGCCCAUCAACUCGGAGCCCGCGUAGAGCUGUGCCAGGCUGUGCCCUCUGCAUGUUGCCGAAGCCUGUCGGUCCUACCGAAAACGCAUGUUCCACAUGCUUUUAAGAGAAUACCCUCCCUGAAAUACUUUGUACUCCUUAAUUUAAUUGCUAAGUUCUUAAAACUCAUCCCAGAGAAGCAUCUGGAUUCAUUUUGUACAGUCCCGGCCCGAGGUAACACUAAGCGGCCAGGCCAUGCCCUGGUCCUGCUCUGUUGAGUCACUUUUCAGUAUUGAAUGUACUUUGUAUAAUUUCAGUGGAACAGGAUACAAUUUUUACAAUCAAAACUUGCUUUUUCCAAGCAAUGAAAUGCUUAAUAUAUUAUUAUCAUUCAAUGAACUGGUCAUUGUAUAGUUCAUGUAUCUGUGUUGUUGUACCUGUACAUCUGUCAUGCUCUAUGUUCAUUUUUAUACUGUGUACAUGUUAUAUUUGUUAUACUCAGGUUAAUAAAGGAACUUGGACAUUUAAAACAAGGGACUCCCAGAUGGGAAGGUCUGGGGGCACCUUACAUGGUCA